GUCUGCAGGUGCUCGGAUGGUGUUUUGGUUUUGUUCGCGCUUUGUUUGAAAAUGUUGAGUUCCACCCGCUGGAAAUUAGCUUAAAAACUCGCCUCAAAUUACCUUUAAAGAGGCUUGUUUUAUGGCGUCCAAGUUCAGAGCAAAUGGAAGCAGACCCCGCAGAAGAAAUGCGAAAGAUUUCGUCGAAGAGGAACGCAAAGAUGCAUAUUUUGACUUUGUGGUGGGCGGUGGAGAAAUUGAUUGUGAUUUUCCCGUCCCCAGCUUUUCGUUUCACGUCGCAUCUGUCAUCGUAUUCUUUGUUUCAAUAAUUUGUUAUUGGAAUUCCUGCGAUGCAGGAUUUGUAUUCGACGAUUCUGAGGCUAUUGUGGGUAACCAGGAUCUUAAAGCUGAGGUCCCCCUUGGAAAACUGUUUCUUCAUGACUUUUGGGGAACAAACAUCUCGUCAAAUCUAAGCCACAAAAGUUAUCGUCCACUGACUAUUUUGACUUUUAGAUUUAAUUACUGGCUGGCUGAUGGACUAAAACCUUGGGAAUUUCAUCUCUUCAAUGUCAUACUUCAUGCUGUGGUUUCAGUGUUAACUUUGAAACUUUUUUCAGUUCUCAUUAGCGCCAGAAAAAGGACCUCUAACGAUAAUGAGAUAAGCUUAACUGGCGAAUCCACAAGCAUUCAAUUUUCCUCUCCUAGGGCAAGUUUGGUCGGCGCCCUCAUUUUUGCGGUGCAUCCAAUUCACACGGAAAGUGUAAGUUAAGAACUUUAAUCUAAAAUAUUUUUUAUAUCGCUGACCUCAAUUUAAGCUCCUUUGCUUAGUUAUCAACUACCUAAGCUUAUCUAUUUUUUAUGCUUGUAAAAUUAUUUACUUUUUAAGGUUAGCAGGUAGUUACAAUUUUCGUUAAAUAUUUGAGUUGUUACCAUAAUAACAGUUUAGUAAAUAUUUAAUGAUAUUUUUAUUCAAGGUUGGUUCACCAUUUCAAAUUAUGAGAUAAAAAAAUUUAGAGUUGAUAUUGGAUGUUUUAAACUUGAAAAUUUGCCACAAAGAUUUAUCGUCAGUAGCACGUUAAUUUUUCAAGGGUAUCUUUGUGCCUCCAGAGGCCUGUUCUGAAAAUGCCUAAGAUGAAGUAUAAUGGUGCUUACAGUAUGAUAAAAAAUAACCUCUGGAACCCAGGCUAAAAGCCACAUACAAUUCACACUGAACAACUUUGUCACAUGUGAUUUGCUUACCACAAGCCUUCUGCAUACCACAGGCUUGAGAUUUUUAUAGGUUUGAUUUAAACAAUACAAAAUAUGUCAUAAGCUUAUCAUAAGCACUUGACAUGCAAGACAUGCAAAAACCUGUAUGGUGUAAAUCAGCCUUAAUUUCAGGUUAUAUCAUGCUUGCUCUAACUGUAUUACAGAAGGAAAUAAUAAUAUUAGCCACCAUUUAGACAUGAACAGGGAGGGGACACUCCCGUACAACUCCGUAAUCUACAAUCACAUUUUUUCCAUUUUGUUCAGGUUGCAAACAGUGUAUGGGCUGCAAGUCAAAAGUCAUUUUGAGAAUGUUGUGUGCAUGAUUUCUCAAAAGUGGGUCAACCUACACCAGUAUCUUUUUGAGAUAUGGGAGCAUGCCCCCCCCCACCCCUGCCUCUAUUACUCUCAGAAAUUUUAAAAUGGGAACAUUGCUGGAUUUCAUAUCAUAAAACUGGACUGGGUACUAGUCUGUAUUAUUGGAUUACUAACACAAGAACCUGGUAAACAGAAAGAUAACAGCAAGAUUUACAAGAUACCUAUGUUUGGUUAAUUUUGAUCAGGCUGAAAUUACAAGAUACAACCAUUCAAAAACUUGAAAAAUAACUAAGAAAUGUGUGGAUGGCUGUAUCUUGUCCCAUAUCUGCCCGAUAAAUGCCAAACUUGAGGAUUCUGUGACCUCUUGCUGAAUUUGUUGGUCUUGGAUUGAUAUUACCCCAUAUUACAUGGACUCAUACCCAGUCCCCAUGAUAUGAAAUUUGGCAUUUUCCCGCAUUUUUGACCCCAUUCUCGGGUCUUUGAUUUCCCAUCUCAGAAGACCUUUGCUUUUCUUAUAUUUUCUAAAAAAAAUUAAGGUGGGAAGAAUCUCAUAUAAAGGGUUCCAGGGUCCCAGUGGCACAUCCCCACCCAAAAAUUUCUAAAUCCCCCGGCAUGGGGCUUUAUUCCAGGCACCUCUCACUAAUUUAAUGCCCUUAAUUUUUUUAGGUUGCAGGCUUAGUUGGUAGAGCAGAUCUUUUGAGUGCACUUUUCUUUAUCCUUUCCUUUCUGUUUUAUGCAAGAUGCUGUGACAUUGGUAAGUAAUUUAACGUCUAGGUUGAUAAAAGUAUUACCACACAGUAUCAGAAACCCUGAUAAGUUAAUGUUUGUCAGGCAAAUUCAUUUACAAAUGAGUGGCCAGUGAAUUUUGGACCAGCCACUAGCAUGUCUGAUCUGGAAUGGAUCUUUAAAUACAUUUUCCUAGGGAGAUAGGUAAGGUUUUAUUGUCAUGAAAUGGAAUAAUAAAUUUUUGUCUGCCACAGCAAUCAUGAAGUGGUGUACGUUCUCCCCUUUAUGCCAUACAUCCAGUUGCUGUGUUUAUUAUACUUUCAAAUUAUCAUUUACAACUUGUAGCCUACAUAAAAAAUCUCUGUCCCUGAGACGAGCUGCAAAUUGUACAUGUGCUCCUUUCUCAUGUACACAAUCUCUUCUGUACAUUCCAAAAGUCAACUGCUGUUCUCUUGGGGAUCACACAUUUGCGCAUGUUAUGGAACUCACUGCUGUUAUCAAUGAGAACUAGUAGUAGCCUCACCGUUUUUAAAAAGUGUUGAUAUUAAGUGCUUUUAAAUAUUUUUAAUAUCAUUCAUUGGCACUAUAUAAAUUCAUUAUUAAUAAAUUCAUUAUUAAUGAAUUAAAUUAGCUAAAGGAAGAGCAACAUUACCCCAUAUAAUUUACAAAUGUGACGUUUUCUUGUUUACAGAUGCAGAAGAUGGGUCUCCUGAAUAUUUCCCUUGGACAUAUCUUGCAAUGAGUAUGGUGUUUUGUAGUGUUGCAAUGCUUUGUAAAGAGCAAGGGAUCACAGUCUUGGUAAUGUAUCAUAUUUUAAGUGAAUUUCAAUUAUAACAUCAGGUUGAUAUGAUCUAUAUAAGCAGGACCAAAAGAUUUACUUUUAUCAACUAAAUUGAUGAUGGGAAUGAUAGGUUUACCACUGAGUUUCAGUUGAGUGCUGAUCCUUCAUAGGGAAUCAGAGGGUUGUCAGAAGUAGAUAGGGGAGGGAUUUGUGGUCUGUAAGAAUUGUGUUUAUGCUACAUAACAUUGUAGGCUAGUGAAUAAACUAUCUGAACAUGGUCCUGUAUAGACUGCAGGAGUAGAAAGUUCCAGGGACUAUACAGUGGUACUCCACUUCCAGAAACAGGGGAUUCAUUAAGGUUUUGAACAGGAGGGCAACUGAGUUUGACACCCGGGCGAAGAAUUGGCAAGGCCCUCCCCUGGGGGGAUCCGGGGGCAUGCUCCCCCGGAAAAUUUUGAAAUUCUAUAGUCGCAGGGAUGUGUUUUCCUGCAUUUUGAAGCUGCAGACAAUGACUUUCAACAACCAAAAAAAGAUAGCUUUUCCAGACAAUUUAAUCAUGACUAAGUGAUUAGAUGAAGUGUGGCAGACAAACAUUUGGAGAGACGAAGAGUUUUCGCUAGAAGGUGAAUCACAAAAGUAUUAGUUUAACAACAUUUACUUAUCUUUAAAAUUUCAAUGACUAGACGGGAGGAGUACUGUUUUAACGUGAAUGCACCGAAAAUUAAUUCAUUGGCGCAUAGUUAUUAGAGGAGACUGGUUAUGAAAAGCGGCAAACAUCAAUGAUAAAAACAACAGUGCUGCAGUUUAUGUUCAAAGCACCGUGAAAGUGCACAAUCCUUUGUUUUCUGGUGACAAAUUGUUACGGAAUAAAUUAAUGCAACGUUUUUAUUGGUCAAUACAAUCAAAAUGAUAGGAAUUCUUUUGAACGUUGUGCACUUUCAGGUCCACAAAAACAUAUAACAAAGGAGUCUGACGGGUUUCAUAACCAUUCCACUCAAUUAACUAUGAUUGGCGUAAACCAUAAGACGAACAAAAAAUCACGCUUCGCUUCGUUGAACAUGAUGAUUAAGCCAUUCAAUAUAUACAGGCAAGUAAAAGGUUAAAUCACAAAGAAGUCUACUCACCUCUUGGCCUUUUCUCUACUGGAGGCCCUUUGGUUGAAGCCGAAAAAUAAUUCACUAUAUAACGCGUUCUUUUCUGGGCGGCCAUGCUCACGUGCUCGCAACACUGAUAGUCAUUUCAGGUGGUCGCUUAUGAAGCACAGUUCUUUUCACAAUGUGUUAUGGGGCGUUUCUUGUUUUUAACACAUAACGAACGAGGGGAUUUCAUGCCGCGUGUAAUAAAGUGGAAAUUGCACGGCAAAGUAUGUUUUACACUCGAUAAGACUCCCCAAGAAAAGGGCACUAUUGUAACUUAAAACUGUUUUUGAUCGUUCCUUGUAUUAAAAAGAUGUUCUUUGAGAUGUAAAGCAGCCGGGCAAAGUCGUGUUCACAGCCGGUCAAUUUGCCCGGUGCCCGGCCCUUAAUGAACCCCCUGCAGAAAGUGUACUACAAUAAACAUCCGCAAUUCCCAAUAAAACACAUUUAAAGCAUCAUAUAGUCUCCCACAUCAGACUUUUCUUGACUCAUCAUGCAAACAAAAACAUUUUUGUCUUUUUAGGGUAUUUGUUGUGUUUAUGAUGUCAUUGUUGUGUGUGAGGUAGAUCCACUUAUGCUUGUAAUGAGAGCUACACCUACCAAAGGGGACAGAAAUGGAACCAUUUAUUUAAAGGUGACUUAUGAUCAAACUAAAACAAUUGUAAGCACGAUCUCAUUUCUUGCCUAAUUAAUAUAGCUUCUUUUUCUCUUUGUUUUUUUAUUAAACUAGCCUUUUUAAUGCAGAAAGAGGGCAUGCACUUAUAUAGGAGGCUACAAUAAAUUGAUUACCAUUACUCAAAAAGCAAAUAAGUGAAGAAGUGAAUAAUUUUUUGUGCCUCAAAUGUGGCACUUAUUCAAGGGUGCAGCCCAGUUGUCAGAAAGUUUUGAAGUAGACGGCUGAGUUGUCAAAGUAAGCGGCCAGUCCAGGGAUAUUUUAUUUAAAAAAUGCAAUCUGUAAAGAAAUGCCAAACAGAGUAGCCAGCUGAUACUAACCAAGUAGGUGGCAAUUUUUGCCGGCAGCUGGUUACUUGGCUGUCACUUAUUUGAGGGAUGCAUUUUUUGAAAGUUGGACACCACAAAGAAUUGUUUUAACUGGGAUAUUAGUAUGUUCCAUAUCACGCUAACAGAAAUAACUUCUUUUGAUUUUGAUUAUAUCGGGGCUGCAGUGCUUAUUCUGGGACAGCACUUAUUAACUCUUUUGUCUUAAAUGCAGUGCUUAUUUGAGGGCAGUACAUAAUCAGGGGUGGUGUUUAUUUGGAAUAAAUAUGGUUUGGUGUUAAUAUCAAUGUUGAUUAAAAUUCUGACUUGUACAUUCUUUGUAGGAGAAAAAGGCAGCCACUACAUGGCUGAAAGGCCUGAUUUUUAGACAAGUCGCUUUACUAGUCACUGGUAUCCUCCUUCUGCUAUGUCGAUGGCAUGUCAUGGGUUCCUCACCUCCAGUGUUCCAGGUCGUUGACAAUCCGACCUCGUUUGAGAAGUCUCUUAUUAUGAGAGUGAGUACAGAAGAAUGCAUAUUUCCGAAUAACAUUUACUGGAUGAAUUUUCAGUUAAUAUAUCUUCAGUUUAUUUAUAUUUGUUGCAGAAACUCAUUUUGCCAAAUUAUUGAUUAUAGCACAGUUGUGAAAAUAUAAAUUAAGGCAUUAAUCCUUUUGACAUACAUCCUUCUUAAAUACAUAGGCCAGAAAGAUACAAAUUUACUGGUUUAAUUUCAGUAGUUUGCUGACUCAUUAGUUCACUAAUUAAUGUUAUUAUAAUUACAUUUAAGUGAAUCAACUGCAAUGGCUGUUUUAUUUUUCCACUCACAGAUAAUUAAUUAUAACUAUCUCUAUGCCAUUAAUGCCUGGCUUCUCCUUGUACCUCAAUGGCUUUGUUUUGAUUGGUCAAUGGGUUGUGUGCCAAUAAUCAACACGUAUAGUGAUCCACGUAUACUCUGCAUUGUUGCCCUGUGGACUGUGCUUCUCCUGCUUCUUGCGUACUGUUUAUGUGGGAGGAAUUUGCAAAUAAAGCGGUAAGGUUCUUUUAGGGGCUAUUCACAGAAUACUUUAAUUUUAAAAUGAGUGCGUCCCAUCUAAAUAACUUUAUUACUCUGUAUAAUUAUUAUGUUUACUUAAUGAUACAAAGAUGAAAUUUCAUUCCUACACAAGCCAUUCUGGAAUGAGUUCAUUCCAGUUUUCAAUACAAAUUUAGUUCAUGUGGUGUGAUAUUUCAUUCUGGCAUUGUAUAAACUGAAUACAAACUUUGUUCUGAUUAGAAAUUUAAUAGCAGACCAUGUAGUUGUGGGCCACCAGCACAUAUGUAUAUCACUUUCAUGUUUAUCUGGCACAAACACCAAGGGAGGGAGAAUGCCUUAAUUAAGCUGAGCCAGUCAAUUUUGUGAUGUGAAGUGAAUUCUUGGACUAAUAUAUAUCAACAUCUUGUUUUUUACUCAACUGUUCAACUUGUAGCUAUAGGUUGUUAUAAGUUUCACAUGCAUUUACUUAACAGUACUUUGGUCCUGUGGUUCUUGCUUUGUUCCUCUAAGCAGUAAUUGUCUAUGUGUUGGAAUAAUAGGCCUCCCAAGCAGACGUUCUUUUGGCUCGUAAUGCAGUCAUGAUCCCCAACAGUCAUGGGGCCCCGUCUGAACUAUCAAUGUGUGUGGGAGAGAUGGAAAAAUAAAGUGGUCUAUUAAAUUCUACAAACAAGAUCAUAGCAACUUCAAAUAAUACAGUCUUGCAAGAAUCAAUUUUCUGUGCUUGAUAACAGCAUGUACAUCUGCUACAUUGCGUUUACAGUUCAUUGCAUUAGCAUGAACAUUAAUGAUAGCCUUUUGAUUCACAUGACAUCUGGAUCUGUUGUGUUUGACAAGAGAGAUUAUCUUCUUUUUUUCAGGAAUCUAACCAUGGGGCUUGCUCUCCUUGUUGUUCCAUUCCUUCCAGCGUCAAAUAUCUUCUUUACAGUUGGUUUUGUUGUAGCUGAAAGGGUGCUGUAUCUCUCCAGUAUUGGAUCCUGUCUGAUCACUGUUCUUGGAUUUGCCGCACUAAGCAAGAAAUACUUUGGAAAAAAGGUGAGCAGAAUGAUGUAUACCAGUAUAUAUUCACUUGUCACUCUUCAAAGACAUGCUGGUUUGAAAUUAAGACUGCUUACAUGUACGUUUAUGUUAUUUAGGUGCCAUGCUCUUUUUAGCAAUGUGGCUUGACCUUAAGGGAAGCGAUUGUUUUUCUGCAGGGGAAACACUCCAUUAGGCAGAUUAUGGGUAGUAUUUAUCCUUUAAAUUAAACUCAACAAAAGAGGAGCACAAGGAGGGGAAGUACCUAAGAGGCUGAUGGAGCCAAGAACUGCAGCUGAGUGUACCAUGUAACCAUGACAACCCUGUCAAUGGUAUCCACCCAGGCACCAUCCCAUUGCUUACUAAUACAUGGAUUAACCCUCCCAAUGGUGACCAACAUCAAUUUUCCCCUAACGAUAUCCAUACGUUGUCAAGAGAAAUGGUUACAAGAAUUAAUGAAAUGAUCACCAAAGAGAAAAUGCUUUGAUCUUUUAUUUAACUCUCUCAACGUAUCUCUAAGUAAAUGUAUGAGUAUCAGUGUGGAGAAUUUGUAUGUGGAUAUUGGGGCUUAAAGGGUUGAAGGGUACGCUGGGCACACAGUAAGGAGCCGAAACCUUCACCAGCAUAAGCAGUGUAUAGCAAUAUACAUGUGUAACAUGCACAGGGCACAGAAGAGUUAUUUGUGACCUUGGUUGUUGAUUGUAGUUAAAUUUUACAGUUGUUACCGCACAUUCCCUUUGACUUUAUACUGUGGAAUCAAGCAAACCAUCAUGCGAUCGUCUUACAAACCUGGUUAAAUAUUAUCCAAUGUUCCGCAAAACCACUGAAGGUAAUGACUGUGGACGAAUAACAGCAGCUACACUGUAUGAUAUAAUAAAGAGACAAAUAACACCUCUGCGCCCUGUGUAACACCCUGACAAGAAUUAAUUAUUUGAUAUUUUCUGCUGCCCUGCACCUGUAGGUUUUAGGAUUUACUGUUGGUGCACUGAUAGCUUUGUACAUGGCUCGAACAGUACAGGUAAGAAAAAUGACCCUUGUGCUCGUAGAGCCUCAGAUUAUCAUAUCAAAGGGGUGCCUGGAAUUAAGCCUAACGUUAGACAAUCAAAGACUGAGGGUGUAAUUGCAUUGCAGUCUCCCUUUCAUCCAUGUUUUUGCCAUCUAUAUCACCGUGUUAUAUUCUGUACCAAAAGUUAUUACAUAAUUUACUUUGACUUGCUUCCUAUGCAGACGUUUCCAGGUUAUGCAAGGGACUUGUGGCAAAUUCCUAAGAAAUCUUCAUGGGGGCCAGUUCUUCUUUCCCGUUCUGAUACUACUAUGAUACAGGCACCCCCUGUCAAAAGAUACUGAGCUCAGGGUUCUCAGUAAGUUUUAAAGUAUACAGCUAGGAUGUAAAUGUAGGUGGCUUAGCAAUCAAGUUGUGUAGUUAAUUUCAUUGCAUUCGGCCUUGCUUUACCCUUUUUCCCAAAAAGUACGUGGCUCAAACCUAGUCAGUUUUUUAGCCAGUUGCCAGCACUUAAAGAGAACCCUGUAGAAAGCUUAAAAAAUAUGAGCUUCUCCAUAAUACAGACACGUUGAUUUGUCCCUCUGGUGUUCGCCUGAAAACGUUCUUGGAGUUGUGGCUGUUUUUAUAUUGCCUUCUUCCUUUUUUCAGAGAUCCGCAGAAUGGGUUGAUGAAGACACUUUAUUCACUUCUGGACUCACUGUUUGUCCACUCAAUGCCAAGGUAAAUGAAAUAGCUGAAGGGAUGUUCUCACAGUCAUGAUUGCAGCUAGCAAGACCUCCCACAAGGGACCAUUUAUGCAAAAUACUGUUAGUAAUCAGUCUUGCCAGUCAAGGUGGAAAACUCUAGGAAGUGACCUCCUCCAGAAAAAGGGGCUAUGUCAGGUGGAUAUUGUUGGACCCUGUUGUGUCAGGACGAAAGGACAAUUCUGUGCUUAAGUCACAGGUCAAAGUGACUGUGCCUACCACAUCCACUUUCUUGUAUUUUUUUAUUCACUUUUUUUGUUAACAUACAUCUAGGCUUUGAAUUAAUUUUUUUUCAAGGGUAAAAUAAGCUAUUCAUCAGCAUUGUAAUUGAAAUUGUAAUUGUAAGUAACAACAGGGUGGUGCCUUGCAUGGGUCUAGGGUCCCGUUUGCACUUUUCCUUUUGGGGAUCAGCAAUUGUUUUUUAAUUAUUCUUGUGAUUGUAAUUAAUUAUUUUUAUUUUAUUUCUUUAAUCAUAUAUCUUCUUGUUAAUUCUUUCGUGAUUGCAGUUUUGCCCCAAUAAAGUGCCAAAAAAAAAAAUUACUUAGUGCCGUUUCCCAUACACAAAAUGCUUCUUUAAAAUUAUGACGAGGCACAAACCGUAGUAAUUUGUUUUGGUGAUUCUCGCGGGCAUGUCAUUAAAACUUGAAAACAGACGACAGGAAACAGCUUUGAUGCCUUAAUAUAGUCUUAAACAACAAAACGGGACAUAGUUAAUUUUGCAAUUCAAUUGAUGCGAAAAACGUUUAUUUGCUUUUUUUUUUUUUUGAAAGAAUAGCAAAUAGCGUGAACUAGCCCCUGUUCCCUGUAACCACCUAUUCCUGGCAUUUUGACUUGGUUGCGCAUGAGAGAAUUUCGCUGUAGCUCUUUUAGACGUUAGUAUAUUUAUGAUCAUUUUUGUCCCUUCAACAGGUUCACUACAACAUUGGCAAGCUGAGAGCUGAAAAAGGACAGGCAGUGAUUGCUGAGAAGUUUUAUAGAGAAGCAAUCAGGUACCGUGUAGAAAUCAGUGAGAAAUGAUAAACACUCAUUGUACUGGUUUAUUUCUUGUUAAUUGACGUCGAGUCAAAUGAUAGUUCUUCCCUGUACUUAAAUGAAGUUUCGUUUGAGUGUUUUUAACAAUAAAAAAAAUAGCCUGCAGUUUUAUCCAAGCAUGAAAAGGUUUCGGGAACGGCCCUUGCCUGCGGAAGUUCCACGGGUAAUGUUUUAAAGAAAUAUUUAUUUCAGAUUGGACAUAUCCUCACGUACCGUAUAGAAUUGCGCCAAUACAAAGGAUGUACUGUGCUUGAUUCUUGGAAGAGCUCGUUUUUCUUUUCCUUUCUUUUUGUUUUGUUUUGUUUGCAUUUUUUCAUAUAUUUUCUCUACCCUAAUGGCUUUUUUCCCUUAAUUUUCCCCCUUGCUGCGCGAGGUUAUGCGAUUCGCGUAUUUCUAGUAAAGUUUUGUUGUUCUAAAGCAUGCAGGUUCUACGACAAUUAAUCACUACCUUCAACAGUGCAUGUCUGAAAAAAAAAAGACUAGAAUGAUAUCAACCGAUUUUAAUUCCCUUGAAUGGCAGGUUAAACCCAACAUACGAUCAAGCUUUAAACAAUUUGGGAAACCUUAUCAAGGUAUGACGUCCUUGUACAGCAUGUUACGUACAUGUAUUUUAUUUUUGACGCACAUGAGACGUUCAAUAACGGAGAGGUAGUAAACAUGUGAAUACUCCAAAAUAUGCGUACUUAGUUUUUGUGGCAGUGAACAUUUCAAUAAAGAUUCCUUUCAAAAAUGAUCCUCUGGCGAGAAGCAAGAUCACACCAAGCUCAUAUUUGUCAUUGUAAUGAUCGCUAAAAAGACCCCAUGGCGGAUUUUUGCAUCGCAGCAAGUCAAUCGUAGGAGGUGACUACAGAAUGAUUUUCUUGGGAUACAAACCCUGCAAAAAGAAUGGAUUCUCUAGCUUUUUGAUUUUUCGGCCCUUUCUAUUCGACCAAAAUGAAAUGAGAAAAAACAAAUAGGAAACUCAUCUAAAACCCGAAAAGCUACUAAUGAUCGAAGGCGAUCGAUUCAACCAAAAAACUGGGUACAACUCGCGAGGUUGUCCUUUUUUGAAAAGUUUUCCAUUCAACAAAUGAAGAAUGAUCCUCGCAGUUAUGAACGCAAUUUAUGCAAUUGCGUAAGAAGCCUGAAAAAAUUCAGGACUUCAACGGGAUUUGAACCCGUGACCUGGUGAUACUGGUGCGAUGCUCUAACCAACUGAACUGUGAAGCCACUGAUGUUGGGAGCUAGUCAAUUGUGUGUUCAAGAGAUGAAUGAGAUAGAUGUAUGUGAAAUAAAUCAUAUAAGAACUGCGGAAACUAAAUCAAAUGAAGAGUGGUCCUCGCAGUUAUGAACGCAAUUUAUGCAAUUGCGUAAGAAGCCUGAAAAAAAUUCAGAACUUUUGGAACUUUUUAGAUCGCUCUGUAAUAAUCACGAUUUACUCGCGUUGCCUUUAGAAGAAGGAGGCUAUUUCUUGGUUUUGCAAAAUUGCUGUCUGAAGUUGUAAUUUAUUUGUAGACUUGAAAUGAGUUAAUUUUAAAAUUUUAGUGUAAAAAACAUGUUUUUUAAGGAUGAUGGAAGAUAUAUAGAAGCUGAAGCACUGUUAGAAAAAGCUGUCGAAAUAAGGUUAGUCUUUUUGCAAUGUUAUACUUAAGCGUUUUUCUCUCUAAUUUGAAGUCACUUGAAGUUCUAAACGCAUUAGUGACCUCAACAUUUGACUAACGGGGGAGGACAGGGGGUGGGAGCCUGGAGAAUUAGGGGACAGAAGGGGUACGGGAGGCGGGAGAGGAAAGAGUGGGAAGUGGGUGUUUUAAAGGGCGGGGAGGGGAAAAUAUGGGGAAAUUAUGCAACAAUACUCAAUCUUUCGUAAUCGAAAAAAGAGCUGGUGGGAGAAAGCCAAGAAAAAAAGGGGCAGGAGCCGGGAACGCAAGGUACAGGAGUUGGCAGGUUUGGACCUCCCUAUCCCCCCAAUUGACUAUGAGAAAGUUACGACUUAGGAAUUUUGAGGUAAUUAUAUCCUCCGGCUAUAAAUCUUCCCUGUUGCUGACUAGUACAUUAGUAAACUAUAGGGUUCAGAUUGGUGUGGUAAGUAAUUGUAUGAUGCACACGAUUUUGGUUUAAAAACUCGAAGUGUUAUCCAAAGGUCCCUAUUUGAGACCCGUACAUUGUACAAGGUGCGCGAGAUCGUGUUCGCGCGAGUACUUACUAGAACCUUGCCGAACUGUAGCCUCAUUAUUCCGCGCGGCCUGUACGUUUCAGGUCACGUGGUUCUUUCGUCUCGGAUCGCCAAAAUGCAUUGGCCCAGAAGGCCAGAAUCCCCAACUUUGCCUGUUCAUUGUUGAAAAGCUAAUAGAGAGGCCAACAACGAUACGAUCGGUGUCAUUAGUGGAAUUUGAUUUAAUACCGUAUUUUUCGAUUAAACGCUGCGGCCUUUGUUAAAGUUUAAGCCUUUUCGAUGCGGCGAUUAUUCAAGGGUGGCGUUUAUUUCAAAUCACAUUUCCUAAAUAAUGUAAAUAUAAUGUAAAACAGGAAGAUGUCUAAAGUCCCAAUAGAGAGUUUGCAUCCGAGUUUACCGCGAACCUCUAAGCGCUGGAGGUCACGUGACAAGUCUUUUGCGUCACGUUUGAGGUUUACGACGUGCGUUUUCAACGUAGGGAGGUAGGUUUUCACGUAUGUCAUUUACCUGAAAGCUUUUAGCGUAUAAUUCUUGUUUCAUCCAACGUAUUGAUACAAAAAUCUUGUGGAGCAAGUCUUAUCCAUUAAGAGAGACACAAAUUCGGGCGAAAUGUUAAAUUUUGUAAAUCCUAUUGGAUCUUGAAAACAAGUGCCAUUCAUGGCUGCUGAUUCAAAAUGGCGGCCGUAAUUUAAUCCACCGUCAAUCUAAAUCGAAAACGGGUAACCGCAAGCCGCGGUUAGAGGUUCGCGGUAAACUCGGAUCUAAAACUCUAAUGUCUUGCUUUUUUGCUGAGAUGGCACAUACCUAUAUAGCUUAUAUAAGGGAGUAUUCCCCCCCCCCCCCGGGUCUGAGAUAACUUAUUAACGCCGUCAUUCUUGUGUAUAGGAAUAACUUUGCGGCGGGCUGGAUGAACUUAGGCACCGUAAAGGCAGCAUUGCAUAAAGAUGUGAGUUUGAUAGCUUUAUUCAUGUUUCCACAAAUUAUUGAUUACGAUUUGACCUUCCAGCAAGCUUUAUUUUUCUGUGUAACAACCGGAGAGCGGCCAGGCGCGCAGGUGGUGGUGAGUCAAUCUAGCAGAGAGAGAAUUAAGGGUAUACUCAAAUCGAACUUGUGCCUCGUCUUGUGCCAGUUAUUCCUAUUUCUUUCCUUUGAUUCUCUCUGCACGAUUAUUUCUUCCGCACAACUUCGAACUCUCUGAUCCUACAAAAUUUGUUUCUUAGGAAGCCGAAAAAUGCUACAGCAACGCUAUAAAAUACAGACCAAGAUAUCCAGACGCUUUUUUCAACCUUGGAAAUCUGGUAAGAAAAAAAGGACAAUAGUUUUUAAACGUUCAAAAUGCACAGUGCAAGCAGUGCAGAUACAAUGAUAUAAUCCUUUUACGUGAACCCUGGAUAGUUUCCCAUUCAUUGCUUUUCCAUGCGUAUUUAUACUGACCUUAAAAUCUUCUCCUCCAGUACAUCGAUCAAGACAAAACUGUAAAAGCCAUUGCCGCAUUUAAAACAGCCAUCAAUUUAAAAAACGAUCAUGUGGGUGCCUGGAUGAAUCAUGCUCUGCUCUUAGAAAAGUCAGGUAAAUGUCUGCAAGGGGCCUUUUAACGGGUGGGGAGGAAGGAUUUUACGGUAACUGAGCGAUUUUUUGUGCUGAUUGGUCGAGAGCUAUGGUCGAUAACCGUCGAUAACGGACGGACCAUUAGAAUAAUUAUGAGGUUGGGGAGAGUGGAUGGGGAAUUUUCGAACCACAUCAAUUUUUUUUCGUGAACAUUUCCCUUUGCUUGAAUUUUUUUAGGCCAGAGCGGGAAUAUUUUUGGGGGGUACUCGGCCUGCAUGAAUUUUUUUUAUAAGAUUUUCCCUUGCGCAAAUAUAUUUCUAUGAUGCUUCACCAAAACUAUGCCAAUGGUCCGACGUGAUGGAAAUUAAGUGACGGUGGCGCAAUUUGUUUUUCUCUUUCUCUUGCGCGCAGUUUGUGGAGAAUUAUUUAACGAGUGGACGUCAAAGACUCUUAAUGUUAUUGUACAAGACAAAUCGACAAUAAAUUUCCAUGUUCCAUACUCUUAUCGAUCAUAGAAAUGACGCGAAAACGUUCAAAAAUUUGCAGUGAAACCAUUCGUUUGCUGAUCGUGGUUUCACUUGAGUGCCGACCAUGGAAAUUUUUUUUCGAUUUGUAAGGGAAAGGAGAAAAAAACUCACUUUUUUAGGAAAGUGAAAAAGAACUUAAGCAAACGUUUUUCGAGCGCAGGAGCAAGGAUUCAGCUUAGUUCAUGUUGGUUAGUGCCAGGCCUUCUAUGCUAGAGGUCCUGAGUUCGAUUCCCAUUUAUGACUUCCGAUCCUUGUUUGACGUCUGUCCUCUCCGUGUAGGAACUGAAAUACCCGUAAAACUAAACGGAACACUGGUGGAGAGGGAGAGAGGUGUGGGAGGGAGGAUAAAAUGAGGGUAACGUCGGCCUCAGGUUUUUUAUUCAGAUGAUGACUAUUCCGAGCAAGUGACGAUUAAUUACCCUCUUAACCCUUAAAGGAAACAGUGAAAUUAUUGUUAGGUGUGGGAAAACUUGCAAGGGUUAAACUACAGUCUUGAAAAACAUUUUUUGCAUAGUAGGGUAUUUUCAGUUAAUUACUUUCCUCCUACCCCUACUUAGAUCUUCAAAUCAGUCAGUCCCUUUACUGGCGGAUCCCCAGUAACAAAACUCUCGCAAACCUCCACCUCACUUAGACAACCACACAAUCCUGGCUUUUUAGUUGGUCGCUCACAGCUAGAUGCAAUAAAAAAAAUCUUGUGCGAAGUAACGUCUCUUGACAGACGAGUCAAAUUUUAAGGUAACGCCUGGCAGGUUUCCCUUUCCAGGUAACAGAGAUGCGGCGAUAAC